AUGGUGAUCGGAUGGUUGAGGGGGGUGGGGUGUGAAGGAACCCUUUCUACCUGUGCGAUGGCAUCUGCCAUCGGCCUCUCACCAAGUCGAAAGCGCGGUGCAGAAGCGCUGGGCAAAGAUGCAACGGACGCCGAGAAAAGAAAACGAUUCCUGUCAAAACUUGAAGCUCUGGAGAAUCGAUCGCUGGAAGUGCCUACCAAACCAAGUCCCUGUGCGACUGAGGCUCAAGUACCACAGAGCUCAGCUUCCGCAUCUGCAACUGUUACUGCACACCUUGACUUGGAGAUGCCAGCUAAAUCUAAUGGCCAGACACAAGACUGCAGGAAAGGCAAUCAUGCUGGCUCAACCAAAGUUGACAAGCUCCCCGGGAGCGCUAAAGUUUCCGGGAAAGUUCAUUCUCGACCUGACGUUCCCAUUGCCUUGAACAGCAGUUUAGAUCGCAGUUUAGAGCGUGGGAGGCGUCAAGAAGCUCGUGGUAGCACAGGAAGUUCGGGCAACGAGCUUCGUGAAAACCUCCUCUCCCCCGAUCCAUCAGAUCCCCGUGGCUCUCGACAGGGACGUGCAAUCUUAAUUGCUCUAAUAAGCUUGAUUUUGGGCAUCUGCGCUUUAGCCUUAUUCCUGAUCCAACCAAACACCUCGAACGCGAACGUGUUGUCUUCCAAGAGCGAAGCUGGAAACAGUCCUGGUACAGCAGGACUGGUGGCCGUGGAUACGAAACAGUGCAAAGAUUCAGUU